AUGCCUGCCUGCCCACCGUCCUUUCUGCCGCCUACCCUCCUACCUGCCCACCCUCCUGCCUGCCUGCCCAACCUCCUGCCUGCCCACCCUCCUGCCUGCCUGCCCAACCUCCUGCCUGCCCACCCUCCUGCCUGCCUGCCCACUCUCUUGCCUGCCCACUCUCUUGCCUGCCUGCCUGCCCACUCUCUUGCCUGCCCACCGUCCUUUCUGCCGCCUACCCUCCUACCUGCCCACCCUCCUGCCUGCCUGCCCAACCUCCUGCCUGCCCACACUCCUGCCUGUCUGCCCAACCUCCUGCCUGCCUACCCUCCUGCAUGCCUGCCUGCCCACCGUCCUUUCUGCCGCCUACCCUCCUACCUGCCCACCCUCCUGCCUGCCUGCCCAACCUCCUGCCUGCCCACCCUCCUGCCUGCCUGCCCAACCUCCUGCCUGCCCAACCUCCUGCCUGCCCACCCUCCUGCCUGCCUGCCCAACCUCCUGCCUGCCCACCCACCUGCCUGCCCAACCUCCUGCCUGCCCACCCUCCUGCCUGCCUGCUCACCCUCCUGCCUGCCCAACCUCCUGCCUGCCCACCCUCCUGACUGCCUGCCUGGCCACUCUCCUGCCUGCCCACCGUCCUUUCUGCCGCUUACCCUCCUACCUGCCCACCCUCCUGCCUGCCUGCCCAACCUCCUGCCUGCCCACCCUCCUGCCUGCCUGCUCACCCUCCUGCCUGCCCAACCUCCUGUCUGCCCGCCCUCCUGCCUGCCCACCGUCCUUUCUGCCGCUUACCCUACUGUCUGCCCACCCUCCUGCCCGCCCACCCUACUGUCUGCCCGCCCUCCUGCCCGCCCACCCUACUGUCUGCCCACCCUCCUGCCCGCCCACCCUACUGUCUGCCCACCCUCCUGCCCGCCCACCCUACUGUCUGCCCACCCUCCUGCCCGCCCACCCUACUGUCUGCCCGCCCUCCUGCCCGCCCACCCUACUGUCUGCCCACCCUCCUGCCCGCCCACCCUACUGGUUUGUCUCCCCACCCUCCUAUCUGCCCGCCCUCCUAUCUGCCCAACCUCCUGCCUCCCCACCCUCCGGCCUGCUAACUCUGCCGCCUACCCUCCUACCUGCCCACCCUCCAGCCUGUCUGCCCACUCUCUUGCCUGCCUGCCCACUCUCUUGCCUGCCUGCCUGCCCACUCUCUUGCCUGCCCACUCUCUUGCCUGCCUGCCUGCCUGCCCACUCUCUUGCCUGCCCACCGUCCUUUCUGCCGCCUACCCUCCUACCUGCCCACCCUCCUGCCUGCCUGCCUGCCCAACCUCCUGCCUGCCCACACUCCUGCCUGUCUGCCCAACCUCCUGCCUGCCUACCCUCCUGCAUGCCUGCCUGCCCACCGUCCUUUCUGCCGCCUACCCUCCUACCUGCCCACCCUCCUGCCUGCCUGCCCAACCUCCUGCCUGCCCACCCUCCUGCCUGCCUGCCCAACCUCCUGCCUGCCCAACCUCCUGCCUGCCCACCCUCCUGCCUGCCUGCCCAACCUCCUGCCUGCCCACCCUCCUGCCUGCCUGCCCACUCUCUUGCCUGCCCACUCUCUUGCCUGCCUGCCUGCCUGCCCACUCUCUUGCCUGCCCACCGUCCUUUCUGCCGCCUACCCUCCUACCUGCCCACCCUCCUGCCUGCCUGCCCAACCUCCUGCCUGCCCACACUCCUGCCUGUCUGCCCAACCUCCUGCCUGCCUACCCUCCUGCAUGCCUGCCUGCCCACCGUCCUUUCUGCCGCCUACCCUCCUACCUGCCCACCCUCCUGCCUGCCUGCCCAACCUCCUGCCUGCCCACCCUCCUGCCUGCCUGCCCAACCUCCUGCCUGCCCAACCUCCUGCCUGCCCACCCUCCUGCCUGCCUGCCCAACCUCCUGCCUGCCCACCCACCUGCCUGCCCAACCUCCUGCCUGCCCACCCUCCUGCCUGCCUGCUCACCCUCCUGCCUGCCCAACCUCCUGCCUGCCCACCCUCCUGACUGCCUGCCUGCCCACUCUCCUGCCUGCCCACCGUCCUUUCUGCCGCUUACCCUCCUACCUGCCCACCCUCCUGCCUGCCUGCCCAACCUCCUGCCUGCCCACCCUCCUGCCUGCCUGCUCACCCUCCUGCCUGCCCAACCUCCUGUCUGCCCGCCCUCCUGCCUGCCCACCGUCCUUUCUGCCGCUUACCCUACUGUCUGCCCACCCUCCUGCCCGCCCACCCUACUGUCUGCCCGCCCUCCUGCCCGCCCACCCUACUGUCUGCCCACCCUCCUGCCCGCCCACCCUACUGUCUGCCCACCCUCCUGCCCGCCCACCCUACUGUCUGCCCACCCUCCUGCCCGCCCACCCUACUGUCUGCCCGCCCUCCUGCCCGCCCACCCUACUGUCUGCCCACCCUCCUGCCCGCCCACCCUACUGUCUGCCCGCCCUCCUGCCUGCUCACCUAUCGAUGGCGGUUGA